CAUUUUCAAGUAGCAACCUUUUAUGGCAAAACUACAAAAAUUAAACAACAAAAAUUCCAUCAAAAUCCAUAGUCAAGUCCAACCCAGAUCCCAGACCUCAAAAUGGUGAGGCGCAAGGUGGAUGGCGUCAGGAGGCAGCUUUCUCUGACGGCCUACCAGCAGCUAAUGGCGCAGGGGAGUAACUUCCGUCACCCCGCACGUCAGCCGCACAUGGUCCGAUCGAUGGACGAGUGCUGGCAGAACACGUGCUGGAACAAGAUGAGCGCCCUGCCCCGCAUGUCUGUGCUGGAACCGAGCCGCCGCGGUGUGACCCGGGCGCGGCGCCAGCUGAUGUGGUCGCCCAGGGAGAUUGUCACCGUGCCACAGCCCAAAGGCAUGCGCAUGGUGCCGGGCAACUAUGUGAGGCAGCAGCCACAACAGCAAGUACAGCUUCAGCAAUAUUAUCCACCGAGGUGGGGCAGAUCUCAGUGGGAGGGAACCAGACGCAGUCAUCAACCUGCCGUCGCCAAAUUAAUGUCAGCUUGGGGAGACUCCCAGAGGAGUGCAGCCAACGCCCAGCAGCAUCAAAACUCUGCCAGCUCUCAGGACUUCUUGGAGUGUCCUAGCUGCCAGACGGCGCCUCCUGCAUGCUACUUCGAGUCGGAGGCCUCACGUUUCGCUGCGGCUGCCAAUCGCAUAGAGCAGCAGCAAAAGGAGUUGCACCUGAAGCAGUUGCAGCUGCAGAAACUGCAGGACUUUCACUUGUCGCCCCAACCGUCACGGGAGCCUGCCCCCGUGGGUAUACUAAAGAAGCCAACUCGUCCGGAGGGAGGCCAGAGCUUAGCUAGCGAGUUGAAUCCCAAGAUGACGAAGCGGGUGACCAUCCAUGGAAUGCAUGCAGUGGAUGGCAAGCGCCAUGAGAGGGUGUUGGAUCCAGCUGACAAGCCCAAGAGUCCGGAGAAGGGCAGACAGAAGGAACCACAGAGGAAUUAUCUCCGGGAGCAACAUCCACAGCCGCAGCAACAACAGAGUCCUAGCACCUUUAAUUUCGGAAAAUUCGUUGGCAGUUUUAUAGAUUUCUGCGAUCGGAGUUCAGAAUCCAGAAUGAUGGACUGCGAUCCAGGAUCUUUCACUUAUGAGGGGGCUAAACCCAAGAAAAGAUCGAAGGUAAGAUCCAAUGCAGGUUCUGAGAAGGAGACCAGAUCAUUGGACAGUCCCUCAGCUACGUCGCUAAAUGGGGAGUCGCAAACAGCCCCAGAGUCACCAAAGGUGGAAAGAUUUCUGCGUAAAACGAAGCCAGAGACUACCAAGCGGCAGGAAAAGAGAUCGGCCAGAGAAUUGGGCGAUAACGAAGUAGACAGGCAGGACUCUGGCACCAGCACCAGCACCCUCACCACUGAGAAGAGCAAGGAGGAGCUCAGGACUCCAAUAGAAUGCGUAGAGAAACCCAAUCGAAGCAGAUUACUGCCCAAGACUCCCAACCAAAGUCAGACAUCUAUAAGGCAAGAGUCGGAGGAGUGCACCGGCAGGGAAGGGCGCUGCAGCCUGGAUGUUCAUGAAGGAAGCCAAGCCUCAGAUCGAGAACAAACCCAUUCGUUGGGCAAGAAGAACCGCAUCCGCAAGGUAAACAUCAAUCAAUUGCUGCAGAACCAGGAGCUGCAGGAUGGCAGCUCGGUGUGGGCGUCUCUUAUGCAGCUGGUGGGUCAGAUGUGUGAUCCACCGGAGAAUGAGGAAGAGGAGGAGCAGCAGCAGGAGAAUGACUUUGAGUCAUGCGAAGAGCAACGCAUGAUGGCGGGUUACGGCACCCAAAAGAAGAAAAGGAAGCAAUACUCCGUCUAUCUGAUGGUCAACUCGGAUGACGAGGAUGAGGAGGAGUACAGCUCGCCGAAGCAGGAUACGGCAUCACCAGACAUUCCGGGCGAGAGCCACAGCCCCAACCAAAUCUUGUAUCAGAAUCCGACUUUGAUUGAGAGCCACAACGAACCCCAAACGGAUGCCAGGCAAGAUGACUACGCCAAUGAGUGCUACAGACUCUUUCAGGAGGAGCAAUGCAAGCUGGGACGCCGCAAACGGAAGCGGCGUUCGAGCAGCCGCAUCAAGGAGCUGGCCUAUCCAUAUCCCACACUUCCACCGGGCCAACACCUGCGCCGACCGCUGCACUGGCCCAAGCCGGAUAUGUCCAAGCCCCUGAAGCGACCACAGCACCCACGGACGACAUCCAAGCCGCCUGCCAAGAAACGUGGCCAUCGAUCCAUCAGCGCAAUGAGGGAGCAGCAGCAUGCCCAGAGAGUAUGGGGAAAGGGGCCGCAGGCCAGCACAAGUUGCAUGAUGUAUCCCAUAAUGAAUAGCACGAUGCGACAGCAUUACUAGGAUCUGGGCUGGACAUUCGUGCCCUCUUCAUUGUGUGGCGUUUUGUAUUCGUUUCUGUAUAAUUUGUGUGUCCAGGACAGACCAUAGACAGCGGCCAAGUCACUGAUUUGCACAAAACAUUGCACCAUGCCCUUGUCUAUGGCCUGACCCUGGAGGAGAUUCCCUAAAUUAGUUGUGAAUAAAGAAAGAUUUGUCUUUGGACCAAAGCACACGCCAUAAAACA